AUGAAACGAGUUGGCAUUGGUGAACAAGGUAAACCGGCAACCUUAAGUCCGGAUGAAAGUGGCAGUGAACGUCAAAAAGAGCUUUAUUUUCAAAACGGUUUUAAUGCACUACUUAGUGAUAAAAUCAGCGUGAAUCGCUCAAUAGCAGACCUGAGGCAUCCGAGGUGCCAUCAAAUCAAGUACUACAAAAAUUUACCUCAAACCAGUAUUAUUGUUCCAUUCUACGACGAGCAUUGGACUACCAUCUUGCGAACUGUUAACAGUAUCGUACAUCGUACACCAGCCCAUUUACUCAAAGAAAUUAUUCUUGUUGACGAUGGAAGCUUAAAACCGUUUCUCAAACAACCACUAGAUGACUAUUUUUCAAAAAACCUAAAACAUUUGGUACGAAUCAUUCACCAACCCGAGCGAAAUGGUCUCAUCACAGCUCGCUUGACGGGAGCGAAAAUAGCCAAAGGUGAUGUAUUACUGUUCUUAGAUUCGCAUAUCGAAGCAGGUAUUAACUGGCUGCCUCCAUUGCUUGAACCCAUCGCUCAGAACUAUCGGACCUGUGUGUGUCCCUUUAUUGAUGUCAUUAAAGAUGACACAUUUGAACUUAACCCACAAGAUGAAGGUGCGCGAGGAAUGUUUGAUUGGAACAUGUUAUACAAGCGGCUACCUUUACGUCCUGAGGAUCAGAAAGAUCCAAUUGAACCAUUCCCUAGUCCUGUAAUGGCAGGAGGUCUUUUUGCGAUAAGUGCAAAGUUUUUCUGGGAGCUUGGAGGAUACGAUGAAAAACUUGAAAUAUGGGGAGCAGAACAAUAUGAGCUAAGCUUUAAAAUUUGGAUGUGCGGCGGCCGCCUGAUUGAUGUUCCUUGUUCUAGAGUUGGCCAUAUUUAUCGCAGCUAUGCACCAUUUCCUAAUGCAAGGUCAUACGAUUUCGUAGCCAAAAAUCAUAAACGCGUUGCAGAGGUAUGGAUGGACGAAUACAAACACUACGUAUAUGAUAAAAAUCCUGCACGAUAUGCCAUUGAUACUGGAGAUCUUUCUAAAAUGAAGCAGCUCCGAAAAACCCUCAAAUGCAAAACAUUUCGGUGGUUCAUGGAAGAAGUGGCUCCUGAUUUGAUGGACCGAUACCCUCCGGUGGAGCCGGAAGAUUUUGCCUCAGGAGCCAUACAAACUUUAGCAAAUACUGAUUUGUGUUUAGAAGUUGAUUAUAGCUCUGGAAGAAAGCAAAUUUGCCUAUCAACUUGUGUAACUAAUAAAACAAAACCAGAGCGUCCUGAACAACACUUUCGAUUUACAUGGCGACGUGAUAUCAAGACUGUACAUACAUCAGACUGUAUAGACGUUCCCGAGUACUCCGUUGGUGCGCAAUUAGUUCCUUAUGAGUGUCAUGGUUCUCAAGGCAACCAACUAUUCCAAUACAACAUGCCAUUUGUGCUUUAGCAGCGUACAGACUGCAUGAGUUAUGCUGCUUAUCAUGAAGAACUAAACAGAUACCUCUAUUUGUCAUGCUUCAGGAUACAAAGCAAAUCAUUGUUGGAAAAUACAAGACAUUAUGUUUAGAAGCUGAUCUACAGAACCGGAAGCUUUUGUUAAAUCACUGUAACAAUACUGCUAAAAUUCAACACUGGCGCAUCG